UGAUGGCAUGUGGAGCGAUCGCUGCGUAAACACUACUGGAAUAAGCUGAGGUGAAUUUUGCAGAUCGAGCGAAAUCUCGUGGGUUUGAAUCGGGACCGAGUUGCGCCGGAGCAUUUUUUCGAUGGUGUGUUUCUGUUUCCUGGUGGACCAGGAGAGGAAGGUGAGGCGGAGCAAGCCGGUGGCGGGGACGUGCUCGCGGUGCGGCCGCGGGGCCAGCGUGGCCGACAUGAAGACGGCGACCCGGUUUUGCCACGUCCCGUUCUACUGGAAGUCCUGGAAGGCCGUCAUCUGCACCUUCUGCGGUGCUAUUCUCAAGUCUUAUAGAUGAUUCCCGGGCGCGCACGAUCAUGUGGGUUUUCUUUUCUAUUUUCCACGGUGAUAUCUUUGCUCCUCUUCUAGGAAAUUUGGUGGGGAUUGAUGGUUUCAAUAUGAAUCGACAACAGAGGUAGGAGUUUGGAUAGAUGAAGAAGGUUCUUAUGCUGUUUUCGGCUAACUUUGCAAGUAGACUCGGUUAUGGACAGAUUCAUAUGAUCAUGAGCUGGUUUGAUGUC